ACACAGGGCUUGGGGAUUUUCUGUAGGAAAACCCAUGGAAUUUUGGCUGGAAAUGCCUUUUCCAUGGAAGCAACCCAAAAUGCACUUUUUUUGGGGUGUGUGUGCACAGCCACAGGUGGGGAUUUGCUAACAGGGAGGAUUUGUCACUGCUCGGAGAUGUCUCAGCGUGUUGGGGACCUACUUGGGGACACCCAGGGACAGCCAGGGGUGAGGCAGAGGGGGCUGGGCAGCUCCUGGAGCCAGGGGUGGCUGCAGGACUGGGAGUGACAAGUGACAGUCCCCACCGUGUCCCCUCCAGCGGUCCCUACAGGUCCCACCCGAGGGGACCGCGGGGGUUUCCCGCAGGGAGGAUCCGCUCUGGGGCUGCUCCAAGAUGCACAGGACCACCCGGAUAAAGAUCACGGAGCUGAACCCGCACCUGAUGUGCGCCCUCUGCGGCGGCUACUUCAUCGACGCCACCACCAUCGUGGAGUGUCUACACUCCUUCUGUAAAACCUGCAUCGUUCGUUACCUAGAGACCAACAAGUACUGCCCCAUGUGCGACGUGCAGGUGCACAAAACCCGGCCCCUGCUCAGCAUCCGGUUGGACAAAACCCUCCAGGACAUCGUGUACAAGCUGGUCCCGGGGCUUUUCAAAGAUGAGAUGAAGAGGAGGCGUGAUUUCUACGCUGCGUACCCAGUGGCCGAGGUUCCCCUGGGCUCACAGGAGGAGCGUGGUGAGGUGGCUGAGCGGGAUCAGGGCGUGGGGCCCGAGGAUGAGAUCGUCAGUCUGUCCAUUGAGUUCCACCGGGACUGCAGUGCCAUCCCUGAUCCCAGUGUGAUCCAGAUCACAGCAGUGCCAUCCCUGAUCCCCCUUUCCCCAAUCCCUGUCCUGUGUCCCGCUCCAGGGAGGAGCAGAAAGGCGCCGUGGAGAACGGGGACCUGGACAAGGACAAGGUGA